AUGGGAUGCGUUUCCUCAGAUGAGUAAUAGACUUUGGCAUUUGAUGAUUUUUAAUUUUUGAGAACAGGAACCUUAUCCAUCGAACUCACUUAAUUGAUAUUUGUCGUGAACAAUUUGCUCAAAGAAGUUCGCUAAUUAUACAAAUAAAUUAAUAGUAAUAGGAUCAUUCUUUUUCGUAUUACAAAGGUUUCCCUGACUACAAAUUAAACAGUACUUGAUGCUUUUGGAUUUUGGACAAGAUUUGUAUCAAUUUGUAAUUUAGGUCAAGGAAAAUAAAAUGGAGUUUACUAUAAACUUGAUGAUGAUGAGAAAAGUCUCAGUUACAAUUUAGGUCUGAAUGGAGAUUUAAAAUUGUAAUGGUUUGGGGAAGUUUUAAAUGACUAUUUUAAAGUUCUUAUCGAUAUUACUGCUUGCAUACCUAUGAUCCUAGAAUAACUCAAAUUUCUAUAGGAUAAAAUCAACCAACUUGGAGCUAAUUUAAAAGAGAAGAACCCAGUCUUCAAAUACAAUAUGUCAUUACUAAAAUUUAACUUGGACUUUACCAAAAUUGCUAAUAUCAGAAUAGUAUAUUAUAACUAAGAGAUUGAAAUUUUUAAAAGAAACUACAUAUAAAUUGCAGAAGCAGCUGAUGAAUAAGGUUUAAAACUUUACAGGAGAUUCGGGGCUAAGUAAUCGAACGAUGUAUAAAAAUAUCGGAUGUAAGUAAAAAUAAAUCUGAUCAUGGAAUAAUGUUUUCAUGGAGAAAUGAGGCCGGAGAUAGAAUAAGAAACUCAAAAUAAAUAGAAAGAAAAAAGAAAAGCUCUUAAGCCAGCCUGGACUUUUGGGGAUGACAUUGGGAUAGGAGUUAAAAAGUUCCCAUUUCGUGUUAGAUGGACAGGUUGUAAUUGCGUGGAUCAUUCAUUUUUUAUAAUCUCUAAUUAUCUAGAAAAUCAUAGUAAACAUCUUUUACUGCUUAGAAAAUUGUCUGUUAUUUUAAGAUAUCUCACUCAAUCAUAUAAGACAGAUGAAGACACUCUAUCCAGAGCAUGGUUUAUUUUCUGCACACACCUCUCCCAGAAAGAGAGAAAUAUCAUCCAAUCUAAUUCUUCAAUUUUAAACGGAUUAAAGAAAUUUAAACUCAGGAACUCUGAUGCUGAAAAAUGCAGAAAUUAUUUUAUUAAAUAUAUUGAACAAUUAGAUCCGGAUUACUUGUCUCAAUUUUAAGACGAAUGGUAAAAUUACAUUGAAGGGUAAAGCAAAGUAUUAUCUUUAUGGUCAAACAAUUAAAUUUUCUCAACCGAUGAGUUUAAAGAGCUCUCAGUCACUGAUAAGUAUUAUGCACUAACUAGUAUGUCAAAAAACGUUUAUGCUUUAUAAUCUUACUAUCCAUCAGCCACCAAGAUAUAAAAUUCAGUCUAUUAAAAAAAAAUUAAAAAGGGAUAGAUUUUUCUAAGUGAAUUAUCAUCGAUUUACAAUACUUCUGGAUAUAUUCCUCUCCCUUUUGAGAAUUUAUAUACUACAAACAAAACAGAAGAUGACGAAGCAAAAGUAAAAACCAAAGAGAUAAAAUUCAAAUAUGCUUUUACCAAAUUUGAAUAGAAAUAAUGA